ACAGGACUUGAGCAAUCUGUACUUGAUUUUGUUCUAUAUGCACUGCUUUGAGUACACUCAAUGCGAUGUAGGCAAAGUCGUCAAUUAUCUAAUAACCAACGGUCAUGGAGUCGCCUAAGCCUACAGCUCAGGACGAACCGAAAAACCAAGACCACAAAGUGUCGCCACUUGCGGAAGAGCCUAAAGAGUUUUACCAAUCUAGUCGUGUUUGGUAUGCUGCUACUGUAUUCCCGCUUGCUGCAGCAUGUUUCGGGCCUCUUGCUUCUGCGUUGAACAUCUGCGCCUUGGUGGAGGAAUGGCGAGUUAUAAUUCCCGCUGGAGAUGUUGAGAGCACUGAGAUUGCAGUUGGGGAUCCGUCUUGGUUAGUCGCAAUCAAUGCAAUAUCAUUAGCUAUCGCUAUACUCGCAAACCUUUCCCUCCUCCUUAGUUUCGCACAUCGAUUGCCAUUCCACGCCGCCCAAGCGGCUACGAUUGUGGGGUGGUACAUCUCCUCUAUAAUGCUCUUGGUUAUCAUCAUACUCACGCCUACGCACUUGCAAACUGGUACACUUUACUCGUACGGCCAACCUUUCGUCUAUGCUUGUCUUUCUGCAGUGUUGUACUUCAUAUUUGCAACACUUCUCCUCAUAACUACUUUCGGAGCUAUCAAAGGAUACUAUCACCCCGAUUUCAGCGCUACUUUAACGCUCCCGCAGCGUACAUUAAUGGCCCAGUCAACAUGCUUUGUUGCGUACUUGAUCUGUGGCGCUGCUGUUUUCGCUCAUAUUGAGGGUUGGAUCUUUGUUGAUGGAGUCUACUGGGCCACAGUCACGCUCCUCACAAUUGGGUAUGGUGACGUGGUUCCAAAGACGCACCUUGGCCGAUCUCUAAUUAUCCCAUAUGCAACAUCUGGUAUCAUCAUGAUAGGAUUAGUUGCUGGCUCGAUUGGGUCGCUGGUCAUUGAUCAAGCCCAGAAGAAAAUGGUUUCACGCUUGACAGUCAAACAGCGCGAAUUGCUUCAGGCUGACUUCGAUCAAGAAGCAAGGAAUGAUCAAAAUCAUGAAUCCGAGCACAUAAGAGAGAGGGCAGAAUUCAACUUGAUGCGACGAAUUCAAUCACGGGCUCGCUCACGGCAGCUGUGGCUUCUAACAGGAAUUGCCGCAGUUGCACUUGUUCUUCUGUGGUUUAUCGGCGCAGUCGUGUUUUGGAAGACAGAAUCAACGCCAACAUCGUUCCAAUCUGCGCCGUGGAGUUAUUUUGAUGCUGUGUACUUUGUGUUCAUCUCAACCGUUACUAUCGGCUACGGCGACUUUUAUGUGGAGAGUAAUAUUGGUCGACCGAUAUUCGUAUUCUGGGGCCUAUUAGCUGUGCCAACAAUGACUAUUCUCAUUGCCAGCAUGGGUGCUACGGUAUUGGUCAUCAUCAAGGGGAUCAUCGCACAGAUUGACCGCUUUGUGGUAUUGGAACACGAAGGCGGUGGUCGCGAAAGACACUCAUUUGCCAGAAAAGCUUUUCACAUGGGGAAAUUACAUCUCAAGCAUAGGAGAGGAUCUAAUAAAGAUGGUCACCAUGGAGGAAUGGAGAGACAUGGCGAGCACGGUUUCAGGGAUAGAAAAACGGGAAAGAUCAUGAACAUUCACGACGAGACCGGCCACAUUCCCCACCCCGACCACGACCAUGACGAAGCUGUCACCAUGCGGCAAUACCUGAUAGCAAAAGAAAUUCGAAGUCUGUUGGAAGAUGUUUCCGCAAGUCCUCCGAGAACGUACACUUUCGAGGAAUGGGCGAGGUUUUUGAAGCUGCUAGAGAUCAAGCAUAGGGAGAAAGAUACAUCAGCACCGUCUCAAAACAGCAAUGGAGGGAAUGGAGAAAUUGAUGAAAAUGGUUGGAGUUGGCUGCAGGAUGAUGGCCCGUUGUUUGGUACGCAGACGGAGACUGAAUGGCUUCUCCAGAAGCUAAGCAAGCAGCUCGAGGACUCUUUGACUCCUACGAUAUGAGCUGUGUUCCCAAUCAGCAAGCUUGGCUCAGAGCCGAACAGUUCUCAAAAGAGCAUGACUGUUAGUA